AGUGUUUCCAAAAAGUCCCAGCCACCGUAAACUACGCUUUCGCCCCAAAUAAAGCUGGGGUCGUGGCGAGUGUUUUGACAAGCUUUACUCAGACCUUGGGGGUGGGCCCUUCACACAAUGACGAGGCCACGACGUGUCUUUGCUUCUGACUCAUGAAUUCUAAGCUGCGACUUGGAAGGGAAACCCCUGGAUGCUUGUGACUGUCUUCGACGCCAACGCCGCAUAAGCGUUUGAAAAUAUAAAACCACCUUUCUAGUUUCUCUUGCGUUUUCUGUAAAUCACCAUGCUUGCUGUUCCUUCUCUUCCUAUCACUGCCGCUUGGGCUCCUCUGUUUGCCGGAUAUUCUCUCUAUCUGACAUCUCGCGUCGUGCGUACCCGCAUCGGCGCCAAGGUCUCUAUUGGUGACGGCACUCUUGAAGAACUUACAUGCCUGCAAAAAGGUAGGCGGAUUGCAGGCUGUCAAUGAUUGGGGUAGCGGACAUUACGCCAUAUGGCAUCAAUUACUAAUCGCACUAUUAUGGCAGGCGAAACCGAUGAAGCCAAAAUUACAAAGUACAAGUCUUUGCGCACUGCCAUGAGAGCUCAAGCAAAGUAAGAUACUCAUGCUAUGUUAUGAAGAAUUUGGGUCGACUUUCGUAUUGAUGUUGAUUAUUUCAUCAGCUUCUUGGAGAAUGUACCUAUUGCCUUG